AUGCUGUCACUGCUGAUUUUUAUAAUUUGCUUGUUCGCAUGCGCUUUAUCUCAAGCCACGAUCAACUGCUAUCAGUGCACAACAUCCGCGUCUGGUGACGACUUCAGCGAUGAGUGUUCAGAUCGGAACACGACCUGCCAAGGAUACUACUGUACGAAAGGACCGGAUGCUAAAUCCAACGGCAUGUACCGCGGUUGCUCAAACACCCCGCCGAUCGACAACUCGGCUGUUUCCGACUGCCGGACUGUUACCAACCAAAACAACGCGAUCCUCGGCAACUGCUACUGCAACAACAUUGACUUUUGCAACGGAAUCCCUGAAAAAUUCGGACUUGCUCCUGGUAGCCGGACGAUUACAGCGAUGAUCGACGACUUGAUAGUGGUCAAUGUUUCUAUUGUGAUCUUGCUGGUUGCACGGCAUUUUGCCAAGAUGAUACCUUAUGUGGAGUUGGGUUUUAAUUGCGACGAGACCGACAUAGCAUGGCCGUCUCGUGGAGACACUAUACCCUCAAGAUUAAUGUUUACGAUAUAUUUUGUAAUCCUGGCCGUGAUGGUCCCCAUCACCGAGCUGUCCCUCGUGAAAACCGUUGGCGGCCGCAUAAAAUUUAUUCGCUUUCGAAAAUUCGAGAUGCACCCCUACAUCCCGAAAGUGUUGUUUUUCUAUGCGGCGUUUGGGUGCUCGGCUCUGGCCACUUCUGUAGCGGCAAAUAUAUUCAAACGAACGUCCUCGAGGUUGCGGCCAAAUUUUUUGGACACUUGUAGACCUGCGAAUUUGAGUGAAAUUUGCCCUCCCUGUUCUCGGAAUUACAUAGCGUCAGUGGUUUGUCUUGCGGAAACGUCGAAGGACGAACAUUUCUCCUUUCCGAGCGGUCACGCCGCGCAUUCGGCGAAUUUUGCUAUAUUUUUGAUCCUUUAUCUACAUAGACGAAUGAAAUUGUGGACAAUCGUCAGAGCCUACGCUCAAUAUACCAUUUUCUUACUAACAACCUUUGUUUGUCUAACAAGAAUUCGUGACUUCAAACACCGCUACACCGACGUCAUCGGCGGAUGGAUAUUUGGAGCUAUUAUUGCGUUUGGAAUGAUACAUCUAAUCCUACGUAAUUUCCGGAAAUAUCGAUAUUAUAUCCAUACCGAAGACGAGCUCGUCGAGUCUACUGAAGCAGUUACGAGGCCAAAUACGCCGACCAACUAUGGUGCACUGCAUCAUACGAGAAGUAUAGCCUGUUUAGUGAAG